GCCGGCGAUGGACGCCUCCCUGGAGAAGAUGGUGGAUCCGACUCUAGCAGAGAUGGGAAAGAACCUGAAUGAAGCAAUGAAGAUGCUAGAAGACAAUCAAAGAAAAGAGGAAGAAAAUGAAAAAAGAUAUAUACGUAAGGAUAUUCCAGGACCCCUUCAGGGCAGUGGCCAGGAUAUGGUGAGCAUACUUCAGUUAGUACAGAACCUCAUGCAUGGAGAAGAGGAGGAGGAGUCUUCACAGGCCUACAGACUGCAAAAUGUUGGAGAACAGGGUCACAUGGCUCUACUGGGACAUAGUUUGGCUGCUUAUAUAUCAGUUCUGGACAGAGAACGACUGAGAAAACUGACCACAAGGAUCCUUUCGGAUACUACUCUCUGGCUUUGCAGGCUCUUCAGGUAUGAAAAUGGGUCAGCUUAUUAUCAUGAAGAUGAUCGUGAAGGUCUCUUAAAAAUUUGUCGGCUUGUUAUUCACACACGCUAUGAAGAUUAUACAGUAGAAGGAUUUAAUGUGUUAUACACUAAGCAGCCUGUCAUAUAUAUUAGUUCUGCAGCUAGAAUGGACUUGGGCCAAGCUCUCUGCAAUCAGCUAGGGCUACCCAUUUCUUGCAUGUGCCGGGUGCCUUGUAACACUAUGUUUGGAUCUCAGCAUCAAAUGGAUGUUGCUUUAUUGGACAGAUUGAUUAAAGAUGAUGCUGAAUCUGGAAAACUGCCUUUGUUGCUUGUGGCCAAUGCAGGGACACCAGGAGCAGGGCACACGGAUAAACUUGGGCGACUGAAGGAACUUUGUGAACAGUACAACAUGUGGCUCCAUGUAGAAGGUGUGAAUUUGGCAACUUUGGCUUUGGGUUAUGUCUCCUCUUCUGUACUGGCGGCUACAAAAUGUGACAGCAUGACACUUACCCUGGGCUCCUGGCUGGGGCUCCCAGCUGUACCUGCUGUGACACUCUACAGACAUGAGGAUCCUUCCUUGUCCUUAGCAGCUGGGCUGACAUCAAGUCAGCCUGUAGAGAAGCUUCGUGCCCUGCCGCUGUGGCUCUCCUUGCAGUACUUGGGCCAUGAUGGGAUUGUGCAGAGGAUAAAGCAUGCAUCACAACUAAGCCAAAGGUUGCUGGAAAACUUGAAAAACCUGGAUUUCAUUAAAACUUCGGUUGAAGAUGAACUGAGUUCUCCUGUGGUUGUAUUCAAGUUCUUCCAGGAAUAUGCAAAUAGAGAUCAGACCCCACAUGCUGCACCGACCUCGGCAAUUCAGCAGCCCGUAAUAAGGAACGAGAGACAUGUUUAUGACACUUUCAAUCAGUGGCUAGGAGAGCAGCUGGCGCAGCUGGUUCCUGCCAGUGGGGUCGAUGUGGUGGAACUGGAAGAUGAGGGCACGUGUGUGCGUUUCAGCCCGUUGAUGACUUCUGCAGUUUUAGGAACUGAGAUACAAGAUGUUGAUCAGUUAGUAGACUGCUUAAAAAUGAAGAUAUCGGUACUGACAAGUACACUGCAACUGAGAGAAGAAUUCAAGCAAGAAGUGAAGAGAACAGUAGGCCUGGUGUACGUCGAGGAUCUCAGCUGGCCAGGAUUGGGUGUCGUAAGAUACAGCUAUCACAGUGAUGGGAAGAAUGAUGACAAACAAGAAAAGGAACUAGAAAAAAUUAACACAGAACUUCUGAAAAAACUAAAUGACUUGGAGUCGGAUCUGGCUUUCUCUUCGGGCCCAGAAUUUGGAGGGGAGAAGAAUUGUGUUUAUAUUGGCAUGGUAACUGAGGAUUUGGAUGUGUCUGAGUUGGUUGAAACUAUUGCGGCAACAGGCAGAGAAAUUGAAGAAAAUUCACGACUAUUGGAAAACAUGACUGAAGUUGUUAGAAAAGGGAUACAGGAAGCACAACUUCAGCUGCAGAAAGCCAAUGAAGAACGACUUCUGGAAGAGGGACUGUUGCGACAAAUUCCUGUAGUAAGCUCGGUGCUGAACUGGUUUUCUCCCUUUCAAGCCUCACCGAAGGGAAGAACAUUUAAUUUAACAGCAGGCUCUCUGGAAUCCACCGAGUCCACAUACGUAUCCAAAGCGCAAGGAACGGGCACCACUCCGCCGCCCACGCCGACCUCCACCCUCGCCAAGCAGCGCCUUCCCGGUCAAAAAAUUUUUAAAAGGUCUUUAAGAAGCUCUGAUGCAUUCAGUGAGACCAGCUCAGUCAGCCACUGUGACGACCUGGAGAAGAUGGAGCAGAGACCCCCUGUUCUCUCUCCUGGCCACGAACAAGGGCGGCCAGACACAGGAUGGAAGGAGCAGCAGCAGGCGGCCGCACCGGUGGCAGCUACAGAAAGUGACACCGUUCCAAGCAACAAAUCACCAGGCGCCUGCGUGCAGGCAGAGCCUCAAGGCAGUCAAAGAUAAAACCCACACUCCCGCUUUGAGACUUUGUAAAGAAACCAUAUGCCCUGGUAGGCAGGGUGUUAAUUAUUGAUGCAUUUAAAAUGUGAACAGUGCCACACACUAGUACAGUAACAACUACUGUAACUUAUUAACUGGGAUUUUGCACAAAUAUAGAAUUUAUCCUCCAAUGGGACAGAGACUUGUCUUACUAUCCACUUGUUACAGUUGCUUUAUCCUAUAUAUGUCGUAUCACCAAAGUCAUAGUGAGAUUCAUUAACUGCGUGUAGAGAUUUGUCAA